CAUCGGUGCUUUUGUGGUGUUCUCUCGCGGCCGCAUCGUGUCCACGGCUGAUAUUGUGUGAAAGUGCUACAAGUCCGAGACUUCUGUCUACGUGGACGUCAUGGGGCAUCCACCUCGACUCCCGGGGACGGUCCUUGCCUGCCUAUUCCUCCUGUUCGCGGGCGCCGCAUCGGCCGGAAAAUGUUCGAUCGCCUGCCAUGGAAUGCCCACAAAGAAUGCGUAUCGGGAAGGACACACGUACACAUACAAUUUGGAAGGAGCGUCGAUGACGAACGUCACCGACUCACAAGGCACAGCGUCUCUCAAAGUGUCAGCCACCGUUGAGUUGUCCGCUAAAUCAGACUGCCUCUAUCAGCUGCGGCUGAAGAACGUCCAGUUAAAUGGAGCGCCUCCAUCGACGCCAGACGUUGAGCAAUAUGCAGUCCAGUUCGGAUAUCACAACGGGCUCGUCGAUCCUUACGUCUGCGCCGAGUCUGGUGACUCCCAAGCUUCGCUCAAUCUCAAGAGAGCUGUCAUCUCUCUGUUCCAAUCGUCUGCUCUGACGAAAAGCGGCACGACGACUCGCGACGAGAUCGACGUUAUGGGAUCCUGUCCAACCGAGUUCUCGGUCCGCAAGGCCGGCGAGGUGCAGACGGUUCACAAAAGCAGAAACCUCGCCGACUGCUCGUUCCGCGAGAACAUCAAUCAAGGCCUCGUGUCCGCGACCACCGACACAGCAGCAGGACUAAAAUCCGCGCCUCUGCUGGCGUCUCAGCAAGAGGUGGAGCAGCGCUUCGAACGCGGCGUCCUCAAGGAAGCGGUGUCCAACGAGUACUACAAGCUGAAUCCGUUCAGCAACGGUAACGCUGGCGCGCACACGUUCGUGGAGACCAAAUUGACCUUCAAAUCUGAGAAGCCAGAGAACAGUCCCGCUGUAGCCGGUACACAAACCAAGUCUCUCGUCUUCGAUGCACCUCACCCUCUCAUACAGUCGUCUCCAGCCGCUAUUGCCAAUGCGUUGAACGCGGCUAAGGCCGAAGUGACCGACGGAGUGAGACCCGAAGCGGCGGGCAAGUUCGAGGACUUGGUGAAGGCGGUCAGAUCGAGCAACAAGGACGACAUCCUCUCGGUGUAUCAGAAGGUGAAGGGCGCCAGCAAAGAGGAACGGAAACUCUUGCUGGACGCUAUUUGCCGCGCAGGGAGCGGCGAGGCGGCCGAAGUAGCGGUGGAAUUGAUCAAGAACAAAGAAGUAACAGGCCUCCAGGCGUUUUUCUUCUACACCAGUCUGGCUCUGGUGCGCCACGUGAAUCUUCCAUCGGUGGCAGCCGUGACGUCUCUUCUGGACCAGCCGAAUCUACCUCGAAUCGGUUACCUAGGCGUUGGGCAAGUGGUUGGCAAGUACUGUCAACACCACACGUGCGAGAACGUCAACGAGGUGAAGGAAGCUAUACGGAAGAUCCGCGAGAAAGUGGGUAACGGAAAGGCGAAGACCAGGGAACAGGAGAACCUGGUAGUAUCUGCUUUGAAGGCGCUGGGCAACACGCAGUUCCUCGACGACGCCACUCUUCAGAAACUGGCGAACAUCGGCGCGGAUAAAAAUGUCCGGAACCGCGUACGAGUGGCUGCCAUCGAAGCACUGCCCACCAGGUGCUCCAUGAAGUGGAAGAACAUCAUGUUCAAGGUACUGGCCGACCUGGAAGAAGACAGCGAGAUUAGAAUUAAAUCGUAUCUAUCGUUGGUCGCUUGCCCCUGCCCGCACGUCGCUGGCAACCUCAAGGAGGUGUUGAGCAAGGAGACCGUGAACCAGGUUGGAUCCUUCAUUCAGAGCCACCUGAGGAACCUGAGGGCGUCGACAGACCCUAACAAACAGAACGCCAAAAAUCAACUUGGUCUCAUCAAGCCCCGCACCAGAUUCCCUGAAGACUUCCGCAAAUUUUCCUUCAACAACGAGCUAUCCUACACUGCUGGGUCCCUUGGUCUUGGCUCCGCCCUCGAAAGCAACGUGAUCUACAGCCAGAACAGCUUCGUGCCCCGUUCCGCCAAUCUGAACUUGACCGCCGAGAUCUUCGGUCGCAACUUCAACUUCCUGGACCUGAACGCCCGCGUGGAGAACCUGGACAGAGUGCUGGAGCAUUACUUCGGACCAAAAGGGAAAGUAUGGGAGCAGGAUCUGAAAGGCAUGAAGGACGCUGGCACGAACGCCGCCAACGACGUCCGCGAUUACGCCAAGGAACGCUACGAGAAGCUGUUGCGCGGGAAGCGAGAGGUCAAGCAAGGAGAACUGGACAGAUUCGCGAAGAACGUGCACCUGAGGAACAACGAGGUGGACGAGAGCCUGGACCUGGACCUAUCCGUGAAACUGUUCGGUGUCGAGCUUGCCUAUCUGAGCUACCAGGGCGACAGCAACAAGCUCAAACCAGAAGCAAUCAUCGACAGUGUGUUCGACAAUCUCGACAAGGUCUUCGACAAGGUCAAGAACCUGAACUACGAUCUUGAGAAUUAUCUGCAGUUCCUGGAAGCCGAGCUGGUUUACCCGACCAAUAUGGGUAGCAGUUUGACUCUCGGUUUGACGGGGACGAGUGCUGUUCGCGUGAAGACCAACGGAAAGGUCGACGUCCCAUCCAUCUUGAGGGAUCCGUCGAACGCAGCUCUCAGAAUUGCUGUCGAGCCUAGCGUGUCCGUCAGGAUCGUUGGAAACAUGGUUGUCCAAGGCUUGGGUGCCGAGUCCGGCAUAAAAGUCGUCAACACGCUUCACACAACCACCAGCACCGACGUGUCCGUCACGAUGUUGGAUGGCAAAGGUGUGGACGUAAACGUUGGAGUGCCCAAGAAGAAGCAGGAACUGAUCAGCGUGAGCAGCGAGGUUCUGUUCAGCGACAAGGAGAAAGGAAACAAGUACGUGGCUCCUAAGUUUGGAAAGGGCAAGGAGUACGCGGACUGCUUUGACCAGUUCUCGCCUCUAAUCGGUUUGACCGUGUGCGGCAAGAUCUCGUACCCGUACGAAGACGCGAGCAUCCUCCAACAGAAGCCGCUGUUCCCUCUGAACGGGCCAGCCAAGUUCUCGAUCACGGUUGAGAACAACGACGUCAACAACUACCACUUCAAGGUCUACUUGGACAUGGAGAACCCGAACAAACGGUCCUUCGAGAUCAUGCUGGACACGCCGAACUCCAAGGCCAACAGACUCGUGUCCCUGGCCGCGGAGGCGGGCGUGGAACCCAACAAGUACGUCAGGGUCUCGUUGAACUCGCCGAUCAAAAAGGCCUCGUUCGAAGCUGUACUUAAGAAUAACGCCCAGGAACGCACUCUGACGGUCACCGUUCUUCACGAUCUGAUGGAAUACUACGGUCAGAUCGGCGUCCUAGCCAGCGGCGGCAAGUACAAGCCUGUCCUGGAGUACAGAGUGCCCGAGCACAUCGAGAAGCUGGCCAGCGCGAAAACGGGACUGAAAGCAGGCCAGAAUUACAACGUGCAGGGCACUGUGGACGUCUCCGAUUACGAAGGCGGUCAGAAGUUCGUGCUGGACAAGGUUGCACUCGUGGUUAGCGGCAAGAAACUGGUCACAAUCGACGGUUCCGUCAUGUGGUCACCGAACGCCGUCAACCUGGACACGAAUCUCGUCUACGCAGACAAGGAUCUGGCUCUGAAAGUGGACGGGAAGAAGGUGGCCAAAGGAAACUACGUGCUCACCAUGUCAGCCAUGUCGUCCAAGGAUCCAGACAUUGGAAUGAAGCUGAAGUGGGACUUCAACGCGGACCCCAACGGCGUGGAGAACCAGAUCGUGCUUACUCACGGGCCCAACCUGAACUCCAAGGUAAAUCGUCUGAGUUUGGAGCAAAAGUUCAAGUACAACUUGGACCCUAAGAAUCGCUUACUGGACAUGUCGAACGAGUUGAAAUACCCGUUGGUGAACCUGGAGCUGAAGAUAGAUGGCAAGGCUACCGAUAAAUCGUUGAGUGGAGACGUAGAGGUGAAGUACGAGAAGUUCAAGAUGGGCGCUGAAGUGUCCGCCGCGAAGGACAUGAAAAAGCCAGGUGACUUCGAGAUAGAGGCUGAAGCUGAACUGAUGGAGAACAGCAUCAAAGUGAAGUCUAAACGCACUGUUUUGGACGGUACGAAGAACAAGUACUCUAACUCUCUGGUAUUAACUCCGGGAGGUAGGUACGACGCUGAUGCAACGGUGACCUACGACGUGUCCAAGAACAGCGCCAAGGUCCAGAUGGACGGCGACCUGAACCUGAACGGGAAGAAGGUCAAGGUGGACACUGGCUUAGAGGCGAAUCAAAUGGUGUUCAACAGUGAAGUUUUCGUGAAAGUCGACGGCGUCAAGUACGUGGAAUUCUUGCUGCAGACUCAACGUCCACCGAAUCCUAGUGGUAAUCUGAAUCUGAACCUGAAGAACUACCUGACGGCCACUGGGCAGUAUGCUUAUCAGAACGGCAAAGGACACGCGAACCUGAACAUCGAUGUUCCGAAGAUCAACCGCAAGAUCAAGGCUAACGGUGAAUUGGCGGUCUCUGGAACCGAGCAUUUAGGGAACUUCGAGGUUCUUUACGACGCGGAGAAGGAUCCCAAGAAACGCAUCAAGCUGUCCACGAUCUCCGACAUCACGAAAACGUCCAUAGACACUAAGAACGUGCUGGAGGUUCACGCGUACAAACUGGAAUUGAACGGUAAAGGUAACAUGAAGGGUACUCUGAACGACGGCCAAUUGCAAAUGGAUGGUGACUUGACGCUACCCAAUGGACGGUUCCUCGUGGUUAAACUGAAGCGCAGCGCCGCGAAGAAAGACAAUAAAUACGACGUUCAAGUAGACGCCCAGGUGACGGACAGCGUGAAGAAGGGUGGAGAAUCGAGGAAACUCGCGUACAACGUUGACUUCAAGGACGUUGACCUGCAGCUGAUGACCUACCAAGGCAACGCUCAGCUGAAGUUCGUCGAUUUCGACGGGAAGGACUUGCAAGUCGCGUGGGACGGGAAAAGGCAGGUGCAGAACAAGGACAAGGUGAACAACGUCGUCGUCAAGGUCAGCGGAGCAAAAAUGCCAAAGAAAUUUCAACUCCACGUUGGCACCAAUCGAGGAGACAGUCGAGGAGCGUACGACGUCAAGUCAUCUUUGGGUGACAAUCUCUCGUUAGCGGCCACGGGAUCCUUCGAGCUGGGGAACAACGUCAACAAGCCGCACAGAAUGGAGGGUACUUUGGACCUGAAGUUGCCCAGCGAGAAGCUCAGCAACUUGAAACUCGAAGUCACCAGGAGCUUGCUGGGGGCCAGCGAGGAAAGAAACUCUAUGGAAGCCGCGCAUGUGGUAACGCUGACGUACAACAACGACAAGACGAUCAAAAUGGAGUACGAUCUGAAGCUGACGGGACUUAAGGUGCUGGAAGAGUCCAGCGAGGGCGAGGGAAGAUUCAACAUGAACGUUCUGCAAUAUCCUCCGUUGAAAGUGGAGUCUAGCUACAAGAACAACUUCGCUAACGACAAGACUACACUUACUGGCGACGUGGCAGCCACCUAUGGCGACAAGAAACUGGCGCUUCAAUUGAACGCCGAGGAUCUUCCGGAUUUGUUGGUUGUACAUCUGAACGCCAAGUGCAACUUGCUUCUCGAGAAACUCAAGAACGUUGAACUGCAACUUGUUCAGAAGGUGCACAAGAAAGAAAACAAACGGGAAACGGACGCUACCGCCAUGGUCGACGACAACAAGUACACCCUGAAGAGCGAGAUUCAGCAACAAGACGUGAACUCCUUGUUCCACGUGCAGAUGUCUUGCCCGUCAGGAAAGACCGAAUUAUUGUCCAAAGUGGAGAAACUCGGCGCUAAAGAGUACAAAGGCGAAUGGAAGGCCAUCACGCCGAAAGGAUUCAUCGUUGCUGAUAUCCACGUGGACCUGAACAGCGUCGACGAGUUCGUGAUCAACGGGAACUUCGACAGCGACCAGAUGGCCCGUCGCAAGCUCCACUUCGAAAUGGUCAACAAGCCAACAGCGAAGACGGGAAAGAAGAUCAUAGUCAUCACAGUGACCAGCGAUGGCCAGAACAUCGUAACCGGCAGACUGCACUGUCUAUCCAGCACCAACUACAAAAAACGCGACGAGGACGGAAAAGUGGUAGUAGAAGGCAAUGGCAGUCUAAAGGUCGGCGACGACACCACUGCCUCGUCCUUCAAGUACACUCGUCAACAGCUGACCCACGAGAACGACGGAGAGAUCGGUGUGGCUAUGGUCCUGAACGCUAACUUUGGACCGUCCGCCAUCGUUGGUGAACUGAAACUCUCGAACAAGGAGCUCCACGUGUUCGAAAGCUACUGCGAGCAAACCAAGGACUGCGCUCACUUCAAACUCCAAUCAACGCUCAACACUCAAGAGAAAAAUAUGCUGAAGCACCAAAUCACGGUGGAAGUAGACCUGAAGAAGUUCAACGUGCCUGCCGAGUUCGGACUGAAGACCAACACCGAGGUGAAGGCUCCAUUGUUCUCCCACACCACGAACCUCUACCUCCACUCGACGAAGGAUAAGUCCGAAUACACUUACCAGGUGUAUGUUCAACCGAAAGAAGCAGCUACCGUUCUCAGCUUGCCUUCUCGAGAAAUAGCUCUGGUCGCGACGUACGACCUGCCAAAGACCGAGCACACCAAAGCAUUCAAACUGGACACGUCGCUUUACCUGGACAGAAAGAACAAACCAUCCGACAAGACCAGCUUGACGGCUACUGGAAACGUAGACAUCGACGAUAAAAAGAUCUCUCUCAACGGGGAAACGAAAUUCGUCUAUCCCACGCAGCACAAGGACCUGUCCGUGAAAGGAUGGCUUCACUACGGGGGCGAGAAUCUGUUGGACGCCAACUUGGAAUUCGACGUAUUCGCCAAGAAGAUGCAAAAGAUCACGGUCACUGCCAAGGUUCAACGACAACAAGUGGAGAACGGCAACAACGUGACUAGUCAGGUCAACGUGAACAGCAACGGUCAGAAUCUGAAGCUGGAGUUCAACUCCCACCUGAUGGUCUCCAGCAAGGAAUUAGGAUUAGGUAGUUUCUUGACCUACAACGACGUGCACCAGAAACCAAAAUCACUGGGCGGGCUCUUCUCCGCGAACCCCAAUCAGGUGAAUCUGUUGAUCACGUUGCCCGACCAGGAGAUCAUCAGGGACGAGUGGAAGAUGCAGUUCACCAAGAACUUGCAGAAGAUCGACAGAGAAGUGUCCGUGUUGGGCGAGCAACCGGUGGUGACCAACAUCGAGGCGAACAACUUGAAUCGUUUCUCGUACCUGAGGUAUCCAAAGGGCAAUCCUAAGGAAGGGUUCGCCGUCAACGGUCAGGUAGUCCUUGGUCAGCUGGCUGAAAUCCACGCAACGUACAACAAAGAUGGCGUGAAGAAGAACUUGUUCCACGGUAUGAUCCAUCUAGACGAGAAGCAAUUCUUGAAGCCAGACUUUGGUUACAACAAGGAGAACGUAGCGGAAGUUCUCGAUAAGGGUAACAAAAUUCACAUGGACCGUCUGAAGAAGCUAAAGGACGUCCAGGAAUACGCGAUGAAGGAGGUGAAUACGGAGGUCGGGGACCUGGUGAAUCAUUUGAAGAAGGCUCAGCCUAACCUGAAACCACUCGUGGAUUAUUACCAAAAGGAAUUGAACAAACUGAAGGAGGAGGUAAAGGCUGACGAGACUGUCAAGGAGAUCCACGCCAUUUUGAACAAAUACUUCGGAGGCAUAGUCACGGCCGUCGCGCAAACAAUGAAGGGUGUCGCGGAAGGUUUGCAAAAGCUGACGCAGCAUCUGAGCGAAAUCCUGACGAACCUGAAGGAGAGCGCCAAACCUAUUUACACGCAGCUGAAGGAGUCCUGUGACAAGGUGUACAACGAGCUCGUGAACAUCCUCGACGCCGCGGCGAAACUGGCCAACACUUAUCUGAACGCGCUCCUCAACUUGAUCAACGAGCAUCAAAAAGAACUGAAAGAUCUGUUCAGCGUAGUCUCUGACGUGGCUCAGGACUUCUCGAAGAUCUUGUCGAAGACGUUGGAACGAAUGAGACUCGGUUUAGAAGAGUUCUACACCCUGCUGAUAAACCAAUUGAAGGCACUACCGAUUUACGAGAUGGCCAAGGAGAAGCUCGAGGAGCUGAAGAACUUCCAGGUGCCGGAAAUUGUUCUGAGCUCCAUGGAGGAGUUCUCCAACGUGAUGAAGGGUAUUAUGCCCACGCAGGAGCUCAGUCAAUUGGUCGAUACCGUCAGCCAGCACAUUAUAAAGCACGCCAAACGCGAGAAGGUGGACGAGUUGGCCGAAUGUAAAAAGAUUUACACGCAAGCUGUGGCCGCCGUUCAAUCCGUCCUUGCUCUCGUCCAGAAUCUGGUAACGACGGACAACUUAUUUGCUUUGGUCAAAAUGCCUGUACAGCUUGACUUGAGCUAUUUGUCCAAGCUUCCAGGCAUCUACGCCGUCAAAGUUUCUGUCCUGAACCUGUUACGCAACGGAGAGCUACCCACGCCUUCGGAACUGUACUUCACUUACAGACCCACCCUCUACGCUAGCGACCUGGUGCCACCGUUCAGCAAAUCAGCAGUGGUCGCCGACGGUGGACACUUCUUCACGUUUGACGGACGUCACCUGACCAUGUCCGGCACCUGCACCUACAUCCUGGCACAGGACAUGCAGGACGGCAACUUCUCGGUGGUAGGGAACUUCAACGACGGAAACCUGAUCAGCGUUACGGUCACCGAGCCCAAGGAAACCAUCACGCUCAAGAGUAACGGAAACAUCUUGGUCAACAACAAACCGGCCGACUAUCCAGCCAGCACGAAGAACCUCCACGCCUACCUGGUGCUGCCUUUCGCCAACGUCAAGUCUGAUUAUGGCGUACGCGUCACGUGCACGAAAAAGGCGCCAAUGGUUUGCGCCGUCCACGUGUCCGGAUUCUACCUGGACAAGAUGCGCGGCCUGCUCGGCAACGGCAACAACGAGCCAUACGACGACUACACUUUGCCGUCUGGAAAGAUCACCGACAGUUCGUCAGACUUUGGGAACGCGUACAAACUGAAGGGCGACUGUCCAAAUGCAGCCGCUGCCCCACACGCGGACCACGCCCCAGUCUGCACGGAAUACUUCGUCAGCCAAACAUCCCCUCUGCAGUCUUGCUACGCUUACGUCAACCCAGCUCAUUAUCGCGAAGCUUGCGAUCAUGCAGUUGCAGCCAAAACAACGGAAGGACCUUGUCUGAUCACAAUGGCUUACCAUUAUGCUUGUUACGCGGCUGGCAUCAAGAGUACACAUGUUCCAUCAUCUUGCAGUACAACGAGCUGCAAAGUCGGCGCGAACACGGUGGCCGCUGGCGACUCCUUCAGCGUAAAAGUGCCCAAAAAGGAGGCUGACGUGAUCUUCGUGGUCGAACAAGAAACACCGAACGAGAACGUCUUCAAGGAGAUGAUCACACCCUUGAUAUCUGAACUCAGGGACGAACUGAAGCACCAAGGAAUGACAGACGUGCACAUUGGUUUGAUCGGAUACAGCGAGAAGAUGAAGUGGCCGCAGCACUACACGCUGAACGGCGACACAAACAUCAACGGCGAGGUGAAGACCAUGAAGUUCCACGAGAAGAAACCGGUAGUAACCCUCGAGGAAGCGAAGCAAGGCGACGCGGAGAAGAAACUGGAGUAUCUGGAGCAAAGAUUGGACGUCGAACUGGGCACCUUCAACUUGAACGACGCUUACGAGGAGGCCAUCAGGUAUCCCUUCAGGGCUGGUGCAGCCAGGGCAGUGGUCGGUGUCCUCGCCAACCCUUGCGAGAAGAGUCCGCUCCCUGUUUCUCUGCAGCAAUUAAGACUCCUGAUGGGACAGAAAAUAUAUCAAGAUCUUGGCCUUACUUAUUACCACGUGUCCUUCCCUAAAGAGCUCCUCGUAUCUGGCAAGCCGCAGAAGAAUAUCGUCGGGUACGACCAAGACAGCGUGUUCACGUUCGCUGACAGCAAAAAGAAGCCACUCAGCGGGAACAGUGACAUGAAGAACAAUCUCGUCGCCUCAACCACUGACGUCUGCGCUGACUUCGCGGUUACCUCUGGCGGAGCGGCAUUCAGCGUGAACAACUUCGUGGACGCGAAGCCGAACCAGAAGAAACAAUUCAUCCAAGUGGCCGCGAGGAGGAUCGCCGAUGGCCUCGCUAGCGUAGAGAUCCAGAGAGAUUGUUUGUGCGACUACCAGUUUGGUGUUUCCGGACGAGCCAAGUGCAAAAUUGUCGGUCGCAAAGAGAAGGAAUUACCCGCGAGACACACCAAGGGAGGAGCGAAGGAAUAAGGGGAGGCAGCUGCGCCGAGCAGACUACCAUUACUAAUUAAUUUAGGUGUAAUGUAUUUUAUUACUUUGUUAUAAUACGGCAGGCGUCUUUUGAUACUCGUAGCCAUCAAGAUCGUUAGACAUCCAAAGGACGGGUGACCUCAGUUACGAAACGCGCGAGGACUGAGCGAUCCGCCUUACCUUCUGUACAUCGAAAUUCCCCGCAGAAUAUACAUCCAUUGCCCCCCCCCCCUACUCCUAUGUUUUUUUUUUUUUUAUUUGCACUAGACAACGGUGAGAAACGUAAUUAUUCACUGUGCCAAGUGAACUCGUUACUUAGGUUAAGUUGUUACCCCUGAGCCGGGCGCCGGUAUUAAUUAAACGUUAAACGCACGACGAUAAAUGUUGUACGGGAGCGUACCCCCCCCCCCUCCCCCCCUCCCCCAACUACCCCACCCACACCCGUUCGCGUAAUACGGGACGUCGAUUCGAUUUACGGGUACGAUUUGUACGGCUUACCUUUAUUGAAUUAAGAUACCGAUGCUGCACGACUCGAGCUAAUCUGAAUUCAAUACCCGACCACCCGUACCGUUUUUUAUCGCCGAUACGCAUGACGAUCUUACGCGCUGUAAUGUUAUGGUUUUGUGAAGAAAUAUACGUACAUUGUUCUUA